ACAGCUAAGUAUACCAUUCAAAACACAAGUCAGUUGAAUAUGAAAAGGUCAGUUGAAAACAUUAGAUUACCAAUGUCCGAUUCAACCGAUCCCCACUGCUCCACUUCUAAGUCAAAUCUGAUCAAGGUUAACCAUGUAGGUGUAACGGCCAAGAUGCAAUCGCCGUUAAAGAAGAUAUUGCCACGGAUGAAUUCGUCCAGUGAUUCGGAUGCUUAUCAAAACAGCCAAGCUCGAUACAAUAUGUUCAAGGAUAUGGGUGGUGGCGACAUGACCGAGUCCACGGCUUCUGCCAGCUCUCCACAUACUCUCUAUGAGAUGCACGCCGAUCCAGAUAAGAGUCUACUUAAUCAGUCGAAGCAUAAGCCGCAGAGGAUCGAGUUCCAGCGAUACUCCAAGAGGCGUCCACAUGUGAUUAUACCUACAAGAUCUGCUCCCAAAUUAAAGAGUCGUUCGAAAUCCCGUAAGGCAUCGCAGGAGACGAAGCAAAAAAGUGGUUUCCUGGCCCGUUUGGUGGAAUCUCUCGACAAUAUGUGCAAAUGCCAGCCGCAGACACAGAAAGCUAUUCUAGAUGACCUACCGGAGCCGCAGUGGAAUCGCAAGGAAGCUAAUCGUCACACAUGCAUCGGUAUUUAUCCCUUUGAGCAUGGUUGUGCAGAUUAUCUAAGUACCACCGAUACUCAUCCGAAAAUUAAUGCCAUUGUCCUGGCGGAUAGAGCCACCACCUAUGCCACCCACUUUUGGGCAGAACUCUUCGGAUUGCUCCAUAUUGCCGUGGCCUUUGUGGUGGCCUUCAUUCUGCAGAGCUACCGAUUUGUUUUGUACUCUCUGGUGAAUACCUUGUUCGUUGGACUUCUCGACAUGACCUCGGAUUACCUAUUGAAACCCUUGUUGACUAUGCUCUUCAAUGGUUACCUUCAGCCUCCAUUGAUCUUCCUAUAUAAUAUCUUGUGUUCUGUGAGGGAUAUCCUCGAACCGGUGGCCAAUACCCUGAAUAACUUUAUGAAACCUCUGGCCACCGUGGGAAAUAGUCUACGAAUGGUGGAUGUCAACUAUCGCCAGAUCCAUAAGCAGACCAAGGAAGUUUGAUAUUAGUUAGCGUUCUUCAUUUUAAAUUGUAUUGUUUUUGUUCUGUUACUUUGUUAAAUUUUAAAUAAAUUGUUCUAUAUUGUUGUUUUA